UCUCAGCUGCCUCGCUCGCUGAAUGGCUGGCGGUCCGCAGCAUCCCCGCCUCUGGCCACCGCAGCCACAGGUUUACGGUUCCGGGCAGCAGCGCCCCUCCUGAAGCCAGCUGGGGCUCCCUACGCUCUUCUGCACCCACCGCUGCCCUACGCACCUCCCUGCCUCAGUUCUCACCACUCCCCUGGAGGCUGCUCUCCUCCCUAUGGCCCCCUCCCCCAAGGGGGCGCUUCGGCCACCCGAGAAGCGGCCGGAGUCAUUUCUCCCUAAGGGCCAGGAGGCCCGCAGAGAGCCCGAGAGCGGGAUCUAUUUACAUGGGGUAUUAAUUAGUCUUUGAGGAACCGUUCACCCACGUGCCAAUGUAAUUGUCGGUGGCCGGACUGUAGGCACCGCCAGCCGCCAGCCGCCGGCCGCCGCCCGGAGGAGAAAAGCCGCUCACCGAGGCGCGCUGAAACCGCGCUCUGCGGAGCGUCCCCCGGUGGCCGGGCAGGACCGCGGACAGCGCCCACGACGCCAGUCCCUUGCUUGCUUUGGGGCUUUCUGGCUUUGCUGGUGAUGCUGCAGCUGCUUCCAGGGCUAGCAGCUUCCAAAUUCUCGCCACCACACCCCUCCUUCUGAAACUGGGACUCAUCGCGCCUGUUGUGUGGCUUUUUUUUUUUUCUUCCGAAAGGCCCGCGUCUUAUCGCUCAAGUUCAAGUCCGGAGGACUUGCUCAGUCUCCUCCCCUUAAGUCAUUCUCCAUCCUCUGGCAACCGCUGAAAGCCAGGAGUCCUGGGCUGCGGGCGUCAGUGCCAGCACAGGCAGUCCGGGUCGGUCGGGUGCAGCAGCCCGGCGCAUUCGUCUCUCUCCCUCCCUUUCUCUCUUCCUCUGUCGUCUUCUCUACCUGCCCCUCCUUUUCUUGCCUCUUAAGUUUCCUGCACCGGGAACCCAACUGUGCCAAGCCUAAGCUCCCGCGGACCAAUCCGGAUCGCGACCCCAGCACUGGGACAACGACUCUGCCAAGGCUGGACGAGGCAGCUGGACCCGUCCUCGCCCGAGCAUGGAGACGGAGCUCCGGGGAGGGCACGUCCCGGGCGCUGGAGAAGCCAGGCCGUGGUAGCUCCUCCAUGGAGCCUGUUCAGAGCGGUCCUUGCUCGCUGCAUUUGCCUCCAGUCCUGUGCGGCUGCUGAGAGCGCUCCCUGAUCUGUAAAGUGGAUGUCAGGUGGAUCUAUGUUUUUGAAGGAACAAAGACUCAGCCAAGGCACCGCCAAGGAAGUUUGAGAGGAGGGAGGAUGCAGGCUGCGUGCUGGUACGUGCUUCUCCUCCUGCAGCCCGCCGUCUACUUGGUCACGUGUGCCAAUUUAACAAAUGGUGGAAAAUCGGAACUUCUGAAGUCGGGAAGCAGCAAGUCCACACUAAAGCACAUAUGGACAGAAAGUAGCAAAGACUUGUCUAUCAGUCGGCUCCUCUCACAGACUUUCCGUGGCAAAGAAAAUGACACAGAUUUGGACCUGCGCUAUGACACCCCAGAACCUUAUUCUGAGCAAGACCUCUGGGACUGGCUGAGGAACUCCACAGACCUUCAAGAGCCUCGGCCCAGGGCCAAAAGACGGCCCAUUGUUAAGACUGGCAAGUUUAAGAAGAUGUUUGGAUGGGGUGAUUUUCAUUCCAACAUCAAAACAGUGAAGCUAAACCUGUUGAUAACUGGGAAAAUUGUAGAUCACGGCAACGGGACAUUUAGUGUUUAUUUCAGGCAUAAUUCCACUGGUCAAGGAAAUGUAUCUGUCAGCUUGGUGCCCCCAACAAAAAUCGUGGAAUUCGACUUGGCACAACAAACCGUGAUUGAUGCCAAAGAUUCCAAGUCCUUCAACUGUCGCAUUGAAUAUGAAAAGGUUGACAAGGCUACCAAGAACACACUCUGCAACUAUGACCCUUCAAAAACCUGUUACCAGGAGCAGACCCAAAGUCAUGUGUCCUGGCUCUGCUCCAAGCCCUUCAAGGUGAUCUGCAUUUACAUUUCCUUUUAUAGUACGGAUUAUAAACUAGUACAGAAAGUAUGCCCUGACUACAACUACCACAGUGACACACCUUACUUCCCCUCAGGAUGAGGACGAACAGGGAAUGAGACUGAAGCCUGAGGAAUUAGAGGUCAUAGGACAGGGCUGUUACCUCAAGGAAGAAGGUCACAUCUGUUGCCUGGAAUGUGUCUACACUGCUGCUCCUGUUGACUGGUGCAAACACACUAGUGGAAAACAAUUGAUGUCAUUUCUGCCCAGUCAGCUGCAUCUCUCAGCAUAGUUGUAAAUCAUCAUAGGUCUCAAAGUCUCACCUGAAGACAUGCUAUCCCAUGUAGAGGCACAUGAGCACUCACUCUUGCACAUUUCAGCUUGCAUCUAUCAUGGUUCCCUUGGAGAGGGCUUUCAUUGUCUGGCUCAUGAUAGUUCAGGAUAAACUAUGAUCAAACACAAAGAAUUAACUAGACAGAGGAUGUGUCUAACACGCUAUUAUGGAAAUUUUAAGGUCUUGAGUCCAUGCUAAUCAAUAAUCCCCACUCAUGCAUUCCUACUGCUUGGAGUAGCUGUGCUGGUGAACACUAUCGUAGGAGUUAUAUGCUUGUUAAAUGGAAAAAAAAAAUGUGUCUUUAGAGCUCAGUAUUCUUUAUUUUAUAAACACAACAAAGUGUAGUAACUUUUUUCCAGCAUACAGUAGGCACAUUCACGGUGAUACAGGAUGGCUUUUCUUUCUCUGGAGGGAGGAGCCCGUUCUCAGUAAAGAUGAGCAAACAUUUGGAAUUUACAUGUGGGCAGACACUGGGAUUACAGCUUUUCUUGCCUCUCUCUGGACCUUUGCAAUGUUGAGAGCAACUAAGGCUGCUUAACACAAGUUCUGAUCAUUAUAUAAGAAGGGAAAUGCCUGGCAGACACCAUGUAAGUUAGAAGUGUCUGUCUUAUCUUUACUACACAUAUUGUAACAAAUUCAAUAUCCUAGUCUUCAUUUGUAUGAAUGGUUUGUAUUGUAUAUAGUUUAACCAAGUGUUAUUUGAGCUGCUUAUUAAUAUUAAAUUGUACUUGUCUCUCUGCUUGUUAUUGGUUAAAAAGAAAAAAAAAGGGAUCUGAGGAAUCCAUUUAUUCAAUGUAGCUGUGAACUCCAUUAAAAAGACAAAUUUAAUGUACAAAGCAUUUAUUCAGCCCAAGUAUUGUUGAAAGCUAUACAUAUACCACAUUACACUGUCUGUAUUUAGAUAUUUUAUUUCUGGAAAAAAAGAAAUGUACAUAAAAAUAAAACACUUAAAGUUGAGUUUCAAUACGUAUUUGUGUAAGAUGGUGAUUUAAAUGGUUCUGACAAGAAGAAUGUGCUGGAAUACAGCCAUGGCUUUGCAUCUCAUGUCAUUGAAUUUGAGCAGAAUUAUCUAAAUUGCUAUUAGCUGCCCAGUCAAAACAACUUAAGAAUUUCGGUCUCAAGCCUAGAAAAUAAUUGUGGCAUACAACACUGCAUGCAUUUUUGGUUUUUUGUAAUGUUAGCUACUAUAGAAUACCAAGAAAGAAAAAAAUUACUAGUGAACAUAGGGAGAAUAUUGUUGGUGCCUAAAUUAAUUAUAAUGAGUAGACUUUCUCCCCUGUACAGUCAUUAUUUAGUAGGAGUAUUGAAGUGAAGGCCAUGUUUUCUCUUUAAAAGAAAAUCAAGCUGUCUUGAAGAUUGUGGCUGAAUUUUCCUGCAUUUGUUGAGGUGACAUCAUCCAACUGGAGAAAUUGGGACAUUAGAGGGCUCCGAGUCUCAAUCGCUUAUACCAGACGAGAUCAAAUUAUCUAUGUAGCAUUGUACAUGGACACUAAGCUUUAUUUUUAAAGUUGAUGUGCACAAUCCUAGAAAAAUAAACAGCUGAAGAAAUAUGCAAGAUCACUCAUUUUUAAGACCACUGAUUCGGUGUUGAAAUUUGAAGAAUAUCAAAAGUUAACCAAAGAUGCCAAAUUAAGAGCACUCAUCCCCUGUCCCCUUUCAGCACUCAUGCACUGUCCUCCUUCCCAUACUGCUCAGUCUGGACCUCUUUUUCAUAGAGAAAGCAACAGAAGGAUAACAGUGAAACAAAACCCACAACCCUAAAAGGAGAACUCGAUCGUUGCUCUGAGGAAAGAGUCUUCAUCUGUUAAUCAAACAUGCACGUGCAAGUGCCCAUCCCUCGGAACUUUCUGCCAUGUGCAAGCAGCCAUUUAUAUCAAUGUGUUAAUGAUCUGUUCAUGAAAUUUAGAGGCUAAUGUUAGAACAACUCUGGCAGAACAGGCAGUAAGAGUUUUGUGCAUUCCAAUUGUUGGACAUGAUUUUCACAAAUAAGUCUUAUCUUGUGCUUAUAUAUCACUACAACCACCGCAGAUUUGC